AUGCAUUCCGAUUCGGAAGAUUAUCUGAGCGGUGAUGACGACGACUUCGACCGGCAGCAGGAAAUCGCCCGAAGCGCUUUCGCCGACAUGUGCCACGAUUGGGAGCGCAAUCAAAAGUACGACCGGGCUCUGCAGUUGACGAUCGAAAGAUUACACUGCGAGGGAAAGGAGGCUCACGUGCUGGACAUCGGAACCGGAAGCGGUCUGCUGUCGAUGAUGGCCGUUCGCGCCGGAGCGGAUAGCGUAACGGCGUGUGAGGCAUUCCGACCGAUGGCCGAUUGCGCGGAGAGGGUGAUUGCCUCAAAUGGCAUGGGAGAUAGGAUUCGUCUGGUGAAGAAGAAAUCUACGGAACUGGAGGUGGGCGCUGGGAAGGACAUGGAGCGUAAGGCAAAUGUCCUCGUGACGGAGCUGUUCGAUACCGAGCUGAUUGGGGAAGGUGCUAUUGCUACGUACAGACAUGCCUUGCAAUUUUUACUGGAGGAAGGCUGUCGGGUGAUUCCGGAUAAGGCCACCGUUUAUGCUCAAGUUGUAGAAUGUCCGUUGGCAAUGAGUUGGCAGACUCCGAAACUGUUAUGUAGCUCCGAUGGCGAUGUGCUGCUGAGAGUCCCAGAGGAAAUGGUAAACUGCCGGGGUUCUUCAGCGGUAUUCGACGUGCAACUCAGUCAAUUACCUUUGGAAAGCUUCAACGCUCUAUCGGAACCAAUUCCGGUGUUCGAGUUCGAUUGGUCCAGCAGGGAAGCCCUGAAAUUCAAACGACACUCGAGAAACCUCCUGAAGGUCCAAAGCUCAGGCAUCCCACAAGCAGUCUUUAUGUGGUGGGAUCUCAAAAUGGAUUUGGAAGGGACAGUCCUUUUGUCGUGUGCUCCUUUUUGGGCUCACCCAGAUUUCGAAGAGCUCAAAACUCACAAGCAAAACGAUUCCAUUCCAGAACCAAAUCUAAUACCUUGGCGAGAUCAUUGGAUGCAAGCCAUUUACUUUCUACCUCAUUCGAAAACGCCUUUGGUCAAAGGUGAAGAAAUCGCCUUAGAUGCCUUCCACGAUGAGUUUUCCUGGUGGUUUGGUUUGAACGAUUCGAGUUUAGAUCCUGGUCAUUGUUCCUGUGGGGUGCACAUAGCGUAUUCACGAUCCCGGAUAGGGCAACUCAACGAUGGUCCUCGAAAUAAGCGAAUACUGAACUAUUUGGAAGAAGUGCUGGACAAAAACUCAGUCGUUUUGGUGCUGGGAGAUGGUUCCCUUUUGGGACUGUCCAUAAGAGCGAUGGGUGCAAAGAAAGUUAUCCUCGUGGAAACUAAUCAAACUUCGAGACAUUGCAUGGAACGUUUUGUUGAGCACAAUCGAUUGGAAAACGUUAAAAUCUUAUCCUGCUUAGAUGAUCUGACCCCAGAUGCAACGGCCGAUAUAACUCACAUAUUUGGAGAGCCAUUCUUCACUUCCGCGAUCCUGCCAUGGGAAAACGCUAUUCAAUUCAUGUGGGAAUUAAACCGAGUGAAGGCUUUACUAAAUCACGAGGUCUCGGUUAUACCUCACAGCUUCAGUAUCUAUGGUGUUGCCGUGGAGUUUUUAGACCUGCAGAAAAUCAGUGCCCCUCUAGGGACUUGUGAAGGAUUUGAUCUGAGCCUGAUGGAUAGAAUGAUUGAGAUAAGAUAA